UAUUAUAAACACUUGCAAUCAAAUGGUUAUGAUCAUAUGAAAAACGUCAAAAAAGUUGCAAGAGAAUUAAAAUCAAGUCAACAGCAGCAACAACCAUCAACACCUAUUACAUUAACACCUUCAUGUCGGUCACAGACACCAUUAAUAGGAGUUGCUGUUGUUUCACCAACUAACACACAAACAACAGCUCAAGUUGAUUCUUCAGCAUUCCCAAAUCAAGCUGCACAUAAUGGCAGUAAACGUCGUUUAAUAUCACAAUCACAACAAUAUCGUUCGACAAAAAGAAGCCGUAUAUAA